GCUGUGAGCGGCGGCGGGGGGCGGGGGACGCCAGCUCGGUCGCGGUCGCGGUCGCGGUGCGGGGGGGGGCGGCGGCGGCGGCGGCGGCGGCCCCGCUCCCUCCUCCCGCCCGCGGAGAAAGGAGCCGCGGGGGGGGUGGGAGACGCGAGCGAGCGAGCGAGCAGCGGGCCGACAUGGACCCCAACAGGAUCAUCCAGGCGCUCAAGGGCACCAUAGACCCCAAGCUGCGCAUCGCGGCCGAGAACGAGCUCAACCAGUCCUAUAAGAUCAUCAAUUUUGCUCCAAGUCUACUGCAAAUCAUAGUAUCAGAUCAAGUUGAAUUUCCAGUGCGUCAAGCAGCUGCCAUUUACCUGAAGAACAUGGUGACACAGUACUGGCCAGACCGUGAACCACCUCCUGGAGAAGCAGUAUUUCCUUUCAACAUUCAUGAAAAUGAUCGUCAGCAGAUUCGUGAUAACAUUGUAGAAGGAAUAAUUCGCUCUCCUGACUUAGUGAGAGCCCAGCUGACAAUGUGCCUCCGCACUAUCAUUAAACAUGACUUUCCUAGCCAUUGGACAGCUGUAGUGGACAAGAUAGGCUACUACUUGCAGUCUCAGAACAGUGGGAGUUGGCUCGGGAGCCUCCUGUGCCUCUAUCAGCUGGUGAAGACUUAUGAAUACAAAAAAGCAGAGGAGCGAGAUCCCCUCAUAGCAGCAAUGCAAAUAUUUUUGCCCCGGAUUCAGCAGCAAAUGAUCCAGCUUCUGCCUGAUAACUCCCAUUACUCUGUACUUCUUCAGAAACAAAUCUUAAAAAUCUUCUAUGCUCUUGUUCAGUACGCAUUGCCACUCCAGUUGGUGAAUAACCAGACUAUGACCCAGUGGAUGGAGGUCUUCCGUACCAUCAUUGAUAGAAACGUGCCUCCUGAGACUUUGCAAAUUGAUGAAGAUGACAGACCAGAGUUGGUGUGGUGGAAAUGCAAGAAGUGGGCAUUACAUAUUGUAGCUCGUCUUUUUGAACGGUAUGGAAGUCCAGGAAAUGUAACGAAAGAAUACUUUGAAUUCUCAGAGUUUUUUUUAAAAACAUAUGCUGUGGGCAUACAACAGGUUCUCUUAAGAAUCUUAGACCAAUAUAGACAAAAAGACUAUGUUGCACCACGUGUUCUUCAGCAGACAUUAAACUACCUGAACCAAGGGGUGAUACACUCUGUAACAUGGAAGCAAAUGAAGCCACACAUACAGAGUAUAACAGAAGAGGUGAUAUUCUCCCUAAUGUGCUACAAAGACGAGGAUGAAGAGCUCUGGCAAGAGGAUCCAUAUGAAUAUAUCCGCAUGAAAUUUGAUGUAUUUGAAGAUUAUGCAUCCACUACAACAGCAGCACAGAAUCUGCUUUAUACAGCAGCAAAGAAGAGAAAAGAGGUAUUACCGAAAAUGAUGGCAUAUUGCUACCAGAUUCUGACAGAGCCAAACAUUGAUCCAAGGAAAAAAGAUGGAGCUUUGCAUGUUAUAGGAUCCCUAGCAGAUAUUUUACUGAAGAAGAGUGUAUUCAAGGAUCAAAUGGAGCUGAUGUUACAGAACCAUGUAUUUCCUUUGUUCAUGUCAAACCUGGGGUACCUCAGAGCUAGAUCCUGUUGGGUACUUCAUUCAUUCAGUGCUUUGAAGUUUCACAAUGAGCUGAACUUGAGGAAUGCAGUAGAGUUGGCAAAGAAGAGCCUGAUUGAUGAUAAGGAAAUGCCUGUUAAAGUAGAAGCUGCUAUAGCUCUUCAGAUGUUAAUAAGCAAUCAGGAGCAAGCCAAGGAAUAUGUGAAGCCAUAUGUAAGGCCAGUUAUGCAAGAGCUCUUGCAUAUUGUUAGAGAGACAGAAAAUGAUGAUCUUACUAAUGUAAUCCAGAAGAUGAUCUGUGAAUACAGCCAGGAAGUAGCUACCAUUGCUGUUGACAUGACACAACACCUGGCUGAAAUAUUUGGUAAAGUACUUCAGAGUGAGGAAUAUGAGGAAGUGGAGGACAAAACAGUUAUGGCCAUGGGCAUCUUGCACACAAUUGACACUAUCCUGACAGUUGUGGAAGAUCACAAGGAGAUAACUCAACAGCUGGAGAGCAUCUGUUUACAGAUCAUUGGCCUUGUUUUGCAGAAACAUGUUAUAGAGUUUUAUGAAGAAAUUCUUUCCUUGGCAUACAGCUUGACAUGCCAGAUGAUUUCACCUCAAAUGUGGCAGCUUUUAGGUGUUCUGUAUGAGGUUUUCCAGCAGGAUUGCUUUGAAUACUUUGCAGACAUGAUGCCUCUCUUGCAUAAUUAUGUGACCAUUGACACUGAUACUUUACUGUCUAAUCCAAAGCAUUUAGAAAUCAUUUAUGCUAUGUGUAAAAAGGUAUUAACAGGAGAUGCAGGAGAAGAUGCAGAGUGCCACGCAGCCAAACUCCUAGAAGUAAUUGUUCUUCAGUGCAAAGGACGGGGUAUUGACCAGUGUAUUCCACUCUUUGUGGAGGCUGUUCUGGAGAGGUUAACAAGAGGAGUUAAAACAAGUGAACUUCGCACCAUGUGUCUGCAGGUUGCCAUAGCUGCACUCUACUACAAUCCUGACCUACUUCUGCACACCUUAGAGAACAUCAGGUUUCCACACAAUCCUGAGCCCAUCACUGCACAGUUCAUAAACCAGUGGAUGAAUGACACAGACUGUUUUCUUGGACUCCAUGACAGAAAGAUGUGUAUAAUAGGACUGAGCAUCUUAAUGGAAUUGCAGAACCGUCCGCCUGCAGUGGAUGCUGUGGCUGCUCAGAUCGUCCCUUCGAUCCUCCUCCUCUUCCUGGGCUUAAAACAAGUUUGCGCCUCGCGAGAACUCACAGAACACGAGGACCAUGCUAAAGAUGACAAACACGUUGCAGAAGAUAAUGAAGAGAUACCAAGUGAUGAGGAGGAGACAAAUGAAGUGAGCCAGGCAAUGCAAGAGAACCAUGGUGGAGGUGGUGGCGGCGGCAAUGGAGGUGGAGAAGAAGAGGAGGAUGAUGAUGACGAUGAUGACUGGGAUGAAGAUGCAUUGGAAGAGACUGCUCUUGAAGGAUUCAGCACACCUCUUGACCUUGAAAACGGUGUUGAUGAAUACCAGUUCUUUACACAAGCACUUUUAGCGGUGCAGAGCCGAGAUGCUGCCUGGUACCAUUCACUGACAGCUCCGCUGAGUGAGGAUCAGAAGAAACAGCUGCAGGAAAUUUAUACAUUAGCAGAACACCGGCGAAAUGCUGCAGAGACUAAGACAAUAGAACAACAAAGUGGCUACACAUUUGACAACAAAGGACUGAUCACAGCAUUUAACUUUGCUGGAAGUACUCCUGGUGGAAACUGAAGGAUCAGCUACAAAGGUCAAUGGGAAGGGUUUCAUCAUUACUUUUUCUUAAAACCAUCAUGACUUCUGAGUGAUAGGGGAGGGUAAUUCAAUGCUGCUGAAGGUUUUCUGAAAUGUAGCAGUGUGCUUCCCCCACCAGAAUGCUUUUUCUAACCAGCUACUGUAAUGUACAAAUUCUUGUGGUGUUUUUAUAAUUUGAUGGACUGAAAAGGAAACGUUUGUCCUCAAGGAACCUGAAUGACUGGGAGGGGCCAGGCUGCAUCUAAUUGAGUUGCACUUCUCAGGUUUUUGCUGUGCAGAAUUGAUAGAUUCAUAUGGAUAACAGUGCCUUCUGUUGUACAUGGAUUGCCUGAACAAAUGGAUUUUGGAGUGCAUUAUAAUUUUUUUAAGUGUAAGGACAUUUCUUGAUACACUGUAAGCCUUGGUUCCAUGUUUUCCUGUCAUCUGCUUUUUACUACAUGGUUUAAUUGUUUGUUGGCUGCAUACAUAUUGCUGGAUCCAGAAUAUUAUCUCAUCUUCCCUAUUUGGUGCAGACCAAAUGUGUACAGGGAAGUGUCUGCUGGAGUUGCAAAGCAUACACUGGUUGUGUCAGAGUGUCUUAACAAAAUUGCAGAUUUUCCCUUGAUGUAGUAGUCUUAAAUUAUUUCUCUUAGCCAUGAAAUCAACUCACUUGAGUUACGAUGGCACAUGUGGCAGGUGAAUAUAUCCUAGAUCUGUAUUGACGUUACCUCCUGCCUGCACAAGUGGCAUGGCCUUCAGAUGUAGAUGUUCUACAUGACAGCUUUUUAUUUCCACUAUUUUUGAUGAAUAUUGGAUUUUACUUGGGUUCCUAUAACCCACUUUUCUGUUUUUAUUCAUUCAUUACCAUUCCAGUGGUAGUACUGAAUAAAGUGGUACAAAAUAUUCACAAUAUUUUAUUUAUCUUGAUAGAAGAAAAACAGCUCUGAACUUGUUUCUUCUUACUGUUACACUUUGGUGACUGAAUUUCUGGUCUGCAUUCCAUUUGGCUGUUCUUGUUCCAUACUGAAAUUUUGUUAUCCGACAGAUUUUUUUUUCCUGAAUUUCAAAGACUUGUUUCUCAUAAAUUGGAACAUAUAUAUAACAGUUUUUUGUGCAUAUGCUCGUUUAGUGAGAGACUUACCAUUAUGAGAAACUGAUAGCAAUACUAAUUUGAAUAGGUGCCCCUUCUCUAGAUCUCUUGGGAUCUCAGUGAUGUAGCCAAAAUAAGUUGGGGUGCUUUAGAAUGUGAAGUUUGAAUUGGACAUAAAACAUUUAGUCCAGAUUUUGUCUCUGUGUUAAUUUCUUUAAGACGUAAAAAUAUUUACCAAGCAGUUUUAAGCACAUACGGCUUAUAUAUUUCUUCAGAGCAGUGCCGCAGCUGGAAAAUCAAAGCCCUUCCUAUGCCCUAUCAGAUUUUCAAGGAUUGUAGAUAACUACAAAUUACUGGCCCCUUCAGUGUCCUAAAACACUUCUUUUUUUUAAAGUGUUAGAGUAAUUAUAAUUCAGUCUGAUAAAUCCGAAGCUCUCUGUGCCUUGGCAUCUGGAAGAGGCCAUAGUGUUGCUGCCUAUUCCUUGCCCCAUACCCUGGACCUUUCUCAGUCUUGCAGUCAUGGGGCAGAAGGUUCCCCACUAUUUUUCUUGUUCCUUCACCUUUGUGUGGGACUCACUCCAGCACUGCUGCUGCUUUGUUUUUUCUUUUUUUCCCCACAGCAGAUGCAGAGUCAAAUUGGUUCAUGCAGAUUUUUCACUGCUCUGAUUCACAUAGUAGCAAUGGUGAAAAUUUCCCACUUUUAGCUCUGGUUGUCCAUACGGGAAACUGGGAGAAUUCCACAGAUUGUAUUUUCAAGAAUGAAAAAUACUGCAUUGGACAUUUUCUCACAGAUCGAGUAGCAGAGGGCAGAGAGGCCAUGAAAAUCAUAGGUCACUUUUGCUCAUUUAGGCCUGGGGAUGUGUUCACUGAAAUGGCAGGAAGGUAUUACAUCCAGUUAGUUGGUGAGUUUCUGGGAAGCUGUAGAAGUUUUGAAGUAAUUACAAAUUUAAUAAUUUUUUUUUGAAGUUUAAGAAUGUGAAUGACUUCUCUGAUAAUUGAGGUUAAGUAUUAGUCAGGUAAACUGUUUAAGAUUUCUAUUAUUUUAUUAAGAAAAAAAAAAAAGAUUGAGUGGGAUUUCUCUCAAAACUCAUUUUCCUCCUGUACACUGGCAUGCAGAGUAGAAGGGGGAUUUAUUUUUCUUCUGCUAAUAGGGUUGCUUGCACAAUCACAAGUUAAUAUUUAAGAGGUAAUGUGUUCAAGGAAAAAUCUGCUUUUGCAUAGCAUCAUUUCUGUGUCGCUCAGCUGAACUGUGGCUGCUCCCUGGUUCUGCUGCUUCUAUACUUUUCAAGUCAACUGCCAAGAAAAUUUCAUCCAGAUGUUUCUUACAAGGGGUUUAAUCAGCAGCAUGGAGUCGGGAAUCUUUGUUGUCUGCUUUGCAGUGGGAGUCAGCGAUAUCUGAGGGCAUGGCAUGUAAAAAGGUUAAAUGCCCUUCCCUUCCCAGGAGAUUCAUGAGCAAAUGUUUCUACUGGCAAAAGCAAAUGUUAAUUAUUUCAUUUCUUUUUUUUUUGAAAAGGGAUUCCAUCCAAAAAGAUUUAUUGGGCUCUAGCCUCUACUUUAACAUAUGGUUCUCUUUUAACAUGAUAAAUAUCCGUUUGUACAUGAUCAUAAAUAGGUAAUGGAUUUUAGGGAUUUCUUUCUGAGUUGUGUCCAGCUUUGUACUGCAUUAAAAGGAGAGUAACACAAACAUGGAUUACUGUCUGACUUUGAGGCCGAGGUAAUCAUGGGAUAUCACAUACCAGCACUGGCUGUCCAAGCACGAUGUAUUUGCCACUGGAAGUACAGAGAAUCGUGAAUGUAUUGUAAAAUAAAACAAAGUCUGAUAACCGGUGACCUGUGGUACCCCAUGCCCAUGUUCCUAAAGUGUGAAGGUGACUCAUGGGCACCAUGAGGGCUUUACGUAUGAAAUUAACAUGGUGUUGGUUAAAAUCGUAUCAAAUGUUAGCUUAAAUGAUAAGUUUAUUUUCUAGAUUAAAUUAACCCAUGCUGGGUAUUGAAUCGCAUAUACUGUUUGGUCACUCAUAAGAGGAAAAUAAGGAUGAGCACAUGUUUUGGCUGCUUCUUUUUACUCUCUUUCUUUCAAAAUUGAAGUAUUUGUUUUGCUUUUGUAACAAAGCAAAAUAUUUCAACAAAAUGGCCAGCUUUUAGAAUAGAACAGAAUAUUAAGCUAAGAAAAAAAAUCUUAAAAAACAAGCAGAAAAAUAAAACCCUUUACGCACACAGUUUGAAGUAGAUGUGCUUUGGGAUUGAAUUCAAAAUAUGUAAAGAAUGUUACGCAAAAUGAUAUUGUGAGAUUCUUCCUUUUAAGGGGAAAGGGUGCCUGCAGGGUGUCAAGGAGAUGUGAAAUGAAAUGCUUUAGGAUAUGCCAUUUGGCUAUGAAGUCCAGGCAGUAUGUGACUUUGGAUUCAUACACUGAGGAAAGAAGGUAGGACAGUAGGUGACCUUUUUUUUUUCUGUAAAGCAAGAGUCUAUCUUGAGACUUGUAAGCCAAAGGAAUCGUAGACAACAUGAAUGAUUAACUGCCCUUUGCUUCUAGAAUAUUUCUUAGUCUUUUUUCUUCCCUCCUUUCCUUACCUUUGCCAGUGACUGUUACUAGGUAUUUCAGGGGUAUUCAGAAUAUCUGAAAAAAUAAAGCUUAAACAGAAUUUGUUAAAUCCCAUUGUUCAUGAAGCAGUGGAGCCUAUCCAUAGCAUUUUCUUCUAUAGAAGAAAGUCUCAUUUAACAUGUGCAGGUGAUGCAGAACUACAAAACCCCUUCGCUUGUGUCUGCAGUUUGAGAAGAACCUUUCUGUGAUUUAUUACUUCAAAUGGGUAGAUCCAAAAAUGGUACCUGAAAUCCCUGCACCUUGUACUUAAAUUUGCUCAAAGGGUAAGCAAAAAUACACUAUAUAACAGGGGUGCUCAGUCCUAGUUCUUAAACGUGCCAUAGUCAAUCUUUUGAUAUGUGAGCUCCUCAAGGAUCUCCAUCUCUGAAUGAGGGUGUUACUCAAGUCUGCAUCUUUGCAUCUUUGCAGCUGGACAGAGAAUCACAUUUCCCUCACUGCAGCAAAGCAUACAGCAGGUAUGGCUACCAGUGUCUUGACAGUGUGAGUGAAAAUAGCACUCUUCUUCUCUCAGUUGUUGUAUCUUAACCCAAACGGAUGGGAUACAGUAAAGAUGGAUAUUCUGAGUUUGCUAGAGGAAGCCAGACACUGUGCCAGGUAGCAGAAAGUCUUAGCAUAAAACCAUAUCAUAAAGGGGAUGUAUGAACAGGCCAAGCUGCUUUAUUUUGACAUCUCUUCCACUGCUGGUACUUCUGUAAACAAAUAAACAAAAAAAGCCCCAUCCCAUAAAACAAAAAGUAAAACAACAGUGUAAAAUGAAUGAGAACUAAAGCAGUGUUUGUGCACUAGACAGAUAGAAACUUCUCAGCUCUGCAGAUCUAAUCACAUUACUCAAUUCGAAUGCGCUGAGAUACUUUAAAAUAUGCAACAUCUGUCCAGACGUCAGUAACCUGAAUCUGACAACUGUUAAUAUGACAUAAAGAUUUUGUGGGAUUUUCUUUAGCAGAGAAAAGAUGCAUCCCUUUGAAAAGUCUGGGAACAUCUUGUCUUGGCUGAUGUGCAAUCACCAGUGGGAGACACUCAGUGGGAUUACAACUUUUCUUAAAAAUUGUCAACAUACCUCCUACCAAAUCGCUAUGUCAAGGGAGCUAACCGACCAACUAUUCCCUGACUAAUGAAUUUUGGGGAACAGCAGUUCAAAGAGAAUCUGCAGGCAUAUGCAAUUGUGAUGAUGUAGGAAUCAGGAAAGCAUCCAUUUAAAUGGAGUUGAUGCGUUUGAUAUGAUCCUGCAUUGUUCCUGAUUUUAUCUGGAUCUUCUAGAGGAGCGUUCAACAGCUUUGUUCUAUGCCUUUCUCUAGAGAUAAGAAUGUGCUUGACUUCUUGGGCAGCCCCAGGUUUGGUGCAGUGCUGUGAACUCAGGAUCUGAAAGCAAUCUUGAUUACAAAUGGGUAGUUGUUCAUAUCAGGAAAAAAAUGAGGUGAAAGUGGUAAGUUAAUGCUAGGAUUCCCUUCACAGGCUGUACAGAGGCUCACAGCUUUAACUGCUUGGCUGUGUGCAUGGUGGGGUGGGAGGUGUACUUUCAGAUGGAUUGAUUUCUCCAAUGUGAACAGAACUUUAUCAGCUCUGGGGUUCACCUGAGGUGAAUGGAGAGGGUUGGUCAGAAGUUGCCUACUGGCCCAUCCUGGAUUAUGGUAUAUAAAAUGAAGUGCAAAAUCUGGCAAAUGAUUUACCACUUGAAGCUGCUGAGCAACAAAAACGAGUGUUUUCUUGAAAUGAGAUUUUAAUAUGUUCUGUUAUGUUUCAAUUUUUUUGCCCUCACUCAAAAUGCAGAAUUACUGCUUGAUGUGGAGGCCUAUCGGUAUUUCACGGGACUGUUUACUAUUCAAGGUGAUUCUCCAAGAAGUUUUCCUCAUUUUUUUCAACGUUUGUGUAAGUAAAGCUGCACGUAUCCCUCUCUCACUAUUUUCUGCGAACAGAGAUCUUGGCAAUGGACCUCAGAGGAAGAAGAACAGUGCUUUGAAAGGACAAGACUGUACAUAAGCAGGUUAUUUUUAGAAAAUGGAAGAACUAUGGCCUCUGGAGAAAAUGUGAAACAAUAAAUAUUUAUACAAAAGUGCAUGAGGUAAAGAAAUUAAUAUUAAACAAUAUAAGUGAGAUUCUGUUCUUUGAUCAUGGCUGUAAUGUUUUUUGUCAUAGCCAAACUUUGUGUGAAAACAGCUUUGAAUUGCAUGUGCUGCUGGUAAUAUGCUUAACAUAAAUCACCUGAAAUAUUUUUUUGGAUCAAAAGGAGACCAAAGAGGCCAUGCAGAUUUCUUUUGAUAAUUAAAUGCAAAGAUAUGAGCCCAUGACUGCAAUGACUAGAGGGAGACCACUCUGUGUAACGUUUUCAGGUUGGAUUGCAGGAUCAUCACCUUUGUAAGAAACCUAAAAUACUACGCUGUGGGUUGGCUUUGAGGGCAAGAAUUGACAAAUGCAAAACACGUAUUGAUGACGAGAAGAAUCUCUUUCUAACUUGAAGAAUUCUGUACAGUGUUCUCGUAAGCUGUGCUGAAUUUGCUUUAAAAAUAGUAAUAAAUCUUAUUGCUUAGGUCAAAUGUUA